AUGACAAGAGUUGAAAACCUGUUCAAGUCUAUGAAAAAGUCCUACAAGGAACACAAAGCUAAAAGCAAUUUGGAAAAAGCGGUACAACUAGCGUUAGGAAGUCAAUUCAGAAUGGAAGACCUCGACAACAGCAUCGCCAAAACGCAAAACGACCAAUAUAUAGUCACCUCUUUGACCUCAAUCUUGGACCCAAACAAUUCUUUCCAGAGAUACCCUGUAUUGUCACCAGCCGCAAAGCAGCGUUCUAGGCCACACUGUUCAGUGAAACGCAAAAAAAACUCGAAAAAGAAAGACCAAGAGCACCUUCUCUUCUUUCCCAGCGAAGAUGCGUUAUCCUCUUCUACUACUCCUUCUCCUUCUCCUACUCCCGCUGUCCCUUCCAAUGCGCUGUACCUCAAUAGGAUACUGGCAAAACACAAGGCCUCGCAGGUUUACUACAGAAAUACAAAAGACGAUGCGGUCGCAUUGGGGUGUACUUUCCGAACCCUCAAAUUGGUUGUCGCCAUGGACAACCAUUUCAGCUUGUCCAAGUUACCGUCGUCUCAGAGCUUGAGGCUUCUAAUCAAAAACCAAAGCUUUGUAGAUAAAUAUCCUGAGCCAGCAGUGGCGGAGGCCAACACCUGUCGAGUUUCCUUCAGUGAGGAUGUCCAGACAAAAAUUUUUGACACCGAGGACUUGCCGAUGCCGGCACAUGCGAGAAGAUCGGAACAAGCCAAAAGAACAAUCUUGAGAAACCAUUCCAAUGACAAUUUUUUGCUGGAAAGCCAACUCUCCCAUGACUGUGAUGAAAUUGAUAGCGGUCUGUUCAUACGUUUGGUUGACAUGUCAAUGAAGAAAAGAGUGAAACAAUACUGCAUAUCGAAAUUGUUCCAGAAUCAAAAAAUUCAAUGA